AUGCAAGUCGAUGUUCUGAUUGUCGGCGCAGGGCCCGCUGGACUUAUGGCAGCCCUGUGGAUGGCACGUACGGGCAUUCGAACUUUGGUGGUUGAGCGAAACUCGGGCCCAACCAAAGCCGGCCAUGCGGAUGGUCUCGAAAGCAGAACUAUCGAAAUAUUAGACAGUUUUGGCCUGGGGCAGAAAGUCUGGAAUAAAUCAAACCACACUAUUGAUAUUUGUUUAUGGAACAAAACCUCCGAGGGUGCAUUACACCGACAGAACAUUUCGGCCAAUUCGAAGCCAGGGUGGUCGCGGUUUCAGGAGUCCACCCUCGGCCAGUCGCAAAUUGAAACAAUUUUGCUUGAGCAAGUGCUGAAGUCUCCCUAUGUUGAGGUCAGAAGGAGAACAGCGCCGAUCUCGCUUCAUAUCAUCGAAACAGAGUUGGGGAAUCACAGAAAUGACUUGCAUCCUAUUCAUGUAGGAAUCACAGCCAUUCCCGAGCCCGAGUUUGACAGUACUCUUGGGGGUGAUGCAACUUUGGAGGGCACGAAGGAGACCAUUCAAGCCAGGUACUUGCUCGGUUGUGAUGGUGCGCAUAGUUGGGUUCGCAAGCAGCUUGGCUUGAAGCUCGAGGGUGCUUCGAGGGAUGUGAGUUGGGGAGUGCUCGAUGCAUUUCCCAUUACUGAUUUUCCGGACAUUCGUCGAAGAUGCAUCAUAAAAUCCGAGUUUGGAAACCUGAUGAUUAUCCCACGCGAGCGCAAACUCGUUCGCAUGUAUGUCCAGGUGUCUGCCGGCCUGGCCAACGACUACAGCACGAAAAACCGGGAUCCAGAAGUGAUCAUGCGUGCAGUUCAAAAGAUCAUGCAGCCAUAUCGAUUUGGGGCGUCACGGCUAGAAUGGUCGACGAUAUAUACGGUUGGACAUAGGUACUGCCGCGAAUUAUCGCGGUACGAGCGAAUAUUCCUCGCCGGCGACGCUGUCCACACGCAUUCUCCCAAAGCUGGCCAAGGGAUGAAUGUGAGUAUGCAAGAUUCAUACAACCUAGGCUGGAAACUCGCGUCUGUGAUCCAUGGAGUGGCCACACAACAGAUUCUCCAGACGUACCAUCAAGAGAGACUGCCCGUGGCAAGGCGCCUGAUAGAGUUCGAUAAGCGCAUUUGUCGCGGGAUGCUGGAUGCCGAGAACACCUUUGACGAAGAUCACAGAAAAGCUCUCGUGGAGGAGAAUACUUCAAUGUCGGGGCUCGGCAUUGCAUAUGAACCCAAUCUGGUGGUAGCGGAGCUGACUGAGCACAAGGCGAAUGGAACGGAGAAAUUUUUCCCUAUUGCGAACGAGGAAACUUCCUUAUCAACACAACCUGACAGGAUGAAAGCUAUCAGGCUAGGUGCUAGAAUGCCUAGUGCUCUGGUGUUAGGCCAAGCCGAUUCACAGCCUCAUGAACUCCAACGGGUGUUUCAAAGUACUGGAGAGUGGCACUUUGUCGUAUUUGGGGGUGAUAUAGUCGAUGAACAGCAAAGACGUCGCAUAGAUCAUCUUGCAAAUGCCUUGUCUUCUCCAGAGUCUAUCGUCCGGAAGAUGAACACCCGGAGACUCUUAUACCCCAUCCCGGUGGGCUGUCUCUCGAUAUACUUGGUGCAUUCGGGCUUGCGCACCGAGGUCGACAUUGGGAAGCUACCGGGUGUUUUCCGACCGCCUGAUGACGAUACUGGAUUUGACUAUGGUAAGGUCUUUGUUGAUAACGAGUCCUAUCAUGUUGGUGGUGGAAAAGCAUACGAAGAGUUCGGGAUUUUGCCCCGAGGUUGUCUUGUGCUUCUCCGACCCGAUCAGCACAUCGCGUUCAUAGGUGACUUAGAGGAUACUAAUCCCCUUGAGCAUUUUUUGGAGCUUAUCGUAUCCGAGCUAUAG